AAGAGACGAUUUGUACUUAACUGGUGCAGCUGGAAGACCUUCAUAAUGCCUUCAACAAAGAAAACUCUACAUUUCCUAUUCAGCGCCCUGAUGACGUCCAUUUCUGUCGGGCUGAUGGGAUACGGGAUUUCCACAGAAUGGGCUGUAAUGUCCAUCCAGUGCGCAAGAAACGAGGGUGACAUCUACAACGGAACUGCUGAAAUCACUUGGAUGCUUUUUGGAGGAUCUAUAACCAGAUCCUUAUGUCCAUUUUUUGGGAACACUGAAAAAAUUGAUGUUUUUAAAAAGAUCACAGAAAUAGGAGCUGCUCCUCAGGUGCUGCACGUGUUGGUUGUGGUGCUGUGUGCCCUGUGUCUACUAUUUUCAGCCACCAGCAUCUUUCUCAGCCUCUACAACAGCGUCAGUAACCCUUAUGAGACCUACAUGGGGCCCACUGGCGUCUACACUUGCAGCUCCCUCAGCGCAUGCUUGUCAGUGUUGGCCCUCAUCUUGUUUGUGGUGAACGUCAAAGUGACCAACUUGGCAGAAGCUAUCGUAGUGAACUUUGCAGACGGGUCACCGGUGUACCUAAAGAACAAGUCGGUUGAGCUUAAGAUUGGAUACUUCCUCCUCAUGCCAUACACGGUGCUCUGUCUGAUCUCCAUUGGCUUGAUCUACACAUAUGACCAUGCGGCCUACACUCAAAGGAAGGAACAGCAGAGGCCUACGGAAGACGCACCCAAGGAGAUAAUGAUGUACUGACAAAUACGACAUGUAAUGUGGACUUGCGUAACUUGGAGCAUUGACGUACGAAUGAAAACUGAUCAAAAACUUUUACAAAUUCAAAAUCUGGGACGGUGGGGGGCACAUUAGAUGUCAUGCAACAACCACUCUUGCUAAAAUAUUCUGUAAAUGGUUCUUAGGAUUGAUUUAAGAGAACCUUAUGCAUUUACGAAAUUUCUUGCAGUUUGAAUUUUUCAUGUGAACAAAAUUCCCAAGUGUGUAAUGCACUCUAAAAAUAUUCAUGGGUUAGUUUGUGUAAAUUAAAUUGAAGAGGUUAUUAUUAUUUUUUUUAAUGUAAUAAAAUAAGGUUUCUGCAUGUUCACAUUUUAGCAAGUUGUUAAAUUACAAGAUGUUGGUAUAAAAUUGUUCAGUUUACAAAUUAAAACAGCUGGAUAUAAGUUGACACUG